AUGGCACCGCCCUCCUCUCCAGAAGAGGACCUGUCCCAGCUCCAUCAGCAGCGGCUCUUCUCCGACUACCACACCUUCCUGCACAACUCGACGCUCGCGGCGUUAUUCCUCGCGCCCGCGCUGAUCGCCCUCCCACCCCGGAAGUUGGAUCUCUACACUUUCUCAUUGACGGGCGCGUUCGUCGCGGCCGCGAAUUAUCAGCUCCGAGAGCGCACGGGGUUGGGGUUCAUGGGGCAUGCUUCGAGGCCGUUCCUUCAUAACCGCCUCCGAAAUGGCAUGGAGGAGGGUGCUGGUUCAACAGCAACGGGUGCAACCCAACGUCUUCCAGGCUUUGAACAUGCACCACUGCCGGAUAUGGCGCGGGAGAGUAAUGGGACGUCGUCUACGCUGCGGGAUAAAGCUCAGGAAGACUGGAAACAACGCCGGUUGAAGGAAGAGCAGGAGAAACUCGAGCAAGGGGAAGGUUAUGGGAGCAUGAUUGUCGACCAGAUUUGGGAAGUUUGGAACCAAGGCGAGAAAAAAGUCGAAGAGUUAGAAGAGAGGGACGAGGAAGCUGUGCAGAAGCAACGGGACCGUGGGUGA